AUGUCCGUACCUCCGUUUAGUUGCCGCAUUCUAUCGGCGGCGGUGGCCCUCUAUCUGGUCGGUCUGUUGUGCGUUGGGGCUGGCGAUGUUGCUCCGAAAGAUGGUGCCGCUCCGAAAAUUCCUGGCUGUACCAAUGAAUAUCAAAUGGUCAAGGUCAAGAAUUGGGUUGAUGGAGAAAAUGGUGAAGCUUUUAAUGGCAUGACUGCUCAGUUUGGCGCCAUACUUCCUUCUGAUUUAGACAAAGCUGUUAAACUGCCGGUUGUUCUUACCACUCCUUUGAACAGUUGCACCAAUCUAACCUCAAAGCUAUCUGGUUCUAUUGCGUUAUCUGUACGUGGCGAAUGUGCUUUCACAGCUAAGGCUGUAGCUGCACAGUCAGGAGGAGCUGCAGCUUUGGUCAUAAUAAACGACAAAGAAGAGCUGGAUGAGAUGGCUUGUACUGAGCAAGACACCUCCUUAAAUCUUUCUAUACCUGUUUUGAUCAUUACAACUUCAUCUGGAGAUGCCUUGAAGAAAUCCAUUUCGCAAAAUAAGAAAGUGGAGCUCUUAUUGUAUUCUCCAAAAAGCCCAGUUGUGGAUUAUGCAGUGGCAUUCCUCUGGCUAAUGUCUGUUGGAACUGUUUUCAUUGCUUCUGUUUGGUCACAUUGCACUGGUCCAAAGAAGAACGAUGAGCAGUACGAUGAAUUAUCACCAAAGAAACCUUCAAACGAUGAAGAUGGCGCUGAAGACGAAACGCUUGAUAUCAGUGCUACGGGUGCUAUAAUCUUUGUCAUAUCAGCGUCCACGUUCCUCGUUUUGCUCUUCUUCUUCAUGUCAUCCUGGUUUAUCGUGAUCCUGACCAUCUUUUUCUGCAUUGGUGGUAUUCAGGGAAUGCAUAAUAUUAUCACAACCCUCAUAACAAUGAGAUGCAAUACAUGUGGCCAGAAGAAAGUGAAAGUCCCUAUGUUUGGAAAUGUCACGAUUCUCUCACUCAUGGUUCUUCUAUUCUGCUCUGUGGUUGCUGUCAUCUGGUUUCUGAACCGCAAAGCUUCCUAUGCAUGGGUCGGCCAAAACAUUUUUGGUAUUUGCUUGAUGAUAAAUGUCUUGCAAGUGGCUCGGCUACCUAAUAUCAGGGUUGCUACCAUUCUUCUGUGUUGUGCAUUUGUGUAUGACAUAUUUUGGGUAUUCGUGUCACCACUAAUCUUCAAGCAAAGUGUAAUGAUUGCGGUUGCACGUGGGAGCAAAGACACAGGAGAAUCAAUUCCCAUGCUCUUGAGAUUUCCACGGCUUUCUGAUCCAUGGGGUGGUUUCAACAUGAUCGGCUUUGGAGACAUUUUAUUCCCAGGCCUUCUCAUUUGCUUCAUUUUCAGAUAUGACAAGGAAAACCACAAAGGAACCGUGAGAGGAUAUUUCCCGUGGUUGAUGUUUGGCUACGGACUUGGCCUCUUCUUAACAUACUUGGGAUUGUGGGUUAUGAACGGACAUGGUCAACCUGCGUUGCUCUAUCUCGUCCCUUGCACUCUCGGAAUCACGGUCAUACUUGGGUUGGUGAGGGGAGAAGUGAAAGACUUGUGGAACUACGGGACUCCACAUCCUUCACCUUCAGAUGUAAAUCCAACUCCACCUGCAUAA